AGAAGAGCAUGGAUCAGUUGGGAGGAAAAGAAUGAAACAAUAAUGGUUCUUUUGCAGUUACCCCACAACCACCACAACAAGGAGUACCUUAUUUGGGAUGAGACAUGAAAAUACAAAACCAAACUAUGCUUUCAGACUUCAUUAUCCUUGGCUUUCAAAACCUGCAGGAACUACAGUACUUGCUCUUCAGUGUAUUCCUGACUAUCUAUUUAUUCACAAUGCUGUGGAAUACCUCCAUUAUCACUAUUGCAAUUUUGGAUCAGAAGCUCAGAACCCCCAUGUAUUUUUUUCUGGGGAACCUGUCUUUCCUUGACAUCUGCUACACUAGCGCCACGAUUCCACAGAUGCUGGAUCUUAUUCUCAAAGACAGAAGCAGCAUUUCUUACACAGCCUGUGUUCUCCAGUUGUACUUUUUCUUCUCCUUUGUAGGGACAGAAUGCCUUCUUCUGGCAGUAAUGGCUUUGGAUCGCUAUGUUGCUAUUUGCAAUCCUUUGCACUACUCUUUAUUAAUGAGAAAAUGGGUCUGCUUCCAAUUAGCUAUAGCUUGCUGGGUUGGAGGUUUUCUUAACUCUGUAAUACAUACUUAUUUUGCCUUUCAGUUACCUUUUUGUGGAGACAAUCGCCUAGAUGCAUUCUACUGUGAUAUUCCUCCACUGCUAAAGUUGUCAUGUGGAGACAUCUCCCUCAACCAAAAGCUCUUGCUAUCUAUUGGAUUACUGAUAGCAUGGACACCUCUUUUUUGCAUCCUUCUCUCAUAUGCAUCCAUUAUCUCCACAGUCCUGAAGAUGCAUUCUGCAGAAGGAAGACAAAAAGCUUUUUCCACCUGCUCCUCUCAUCUUACAGUGGUUCUACUUUAUUAUGGCAGUUGCAUUUUCACCUACUUGAGACCUAUUCCUUCCCAGUUUUCUAUUAAUACCAAGUUGAUCCCACUAAUGUACAGCAUCUUGACUCCAUUACUAAACCCUGUUAUAUAUACUUUCCGUAACAAAGAUGUAAAGAAUGCUUGGAGAAGUAUAAUGGGAAAGAUUUAAAUAUUGUAACAUUCAGGUAGAAGUAUACAGGAAAAAAAGAGUCCCCCCCCUUUCCCCCAAUGUGGUAUUAAGCUAGGAAGGGCUUUAUAGGUAUUUUAAAGGUGAUAAUAUGAGCUCAUCAUAUUAUAAUAAUAUGAUUCGAAUUGCAUGGAAUUUCUUAUGUAUUUUUACUUAUGCAUUUUUAAUUAAAUUAAUAAAUGGUCCAGAGUACUCUGAUACUAGGUAAAAAAGAAAUAGAUAAAUCAAAGAUGCUUUAAAUAGACUGGCCUUUUUUGUUUUGUUUUGAAAUAAUGUCUGAUAGAUUUUAAUCUGUUUUAACCUGCUAAGGCAGAGUUUACCUGUAUUUUUUCCAUCAAAAAACAAGGUGGAAGAGAAAAUGGAGUACAAGAAAAUAAAAUAUAUUCACUCCCAUGAGUGAACCUUGUCUUGUGAUAAUGGCCUGCACAU